UCCUCGUCUGUCUGUAAGCCCGCUGCAUACGCGUAUUCGGGACGAGUACAACGAUACAAAAACGAGACAGGAGCGUGCCAAUGCGUUCGACGGAGUAAUAAAGAAAGAGGAUAAAGAAAAUCGGUGCCGCUUCAAUUUCGACUUUCGCCCGAUCCAGAUCGAUCGAGGAUCGUUACUUCAUCCGUGUUCUAUUUCUUUGUGACAUGUUUCGUUUGUGCAUGAAUUUUUGGUAGUAUAUGUAUACUGUAUGUCGAACGAAAUUAUGGAUUCAUCGAUGGGUGCCCAUAUAUUCAACGUCAACAUACGCAGAGUGAAUCUCAUCUGCUGAAUGGAAGUGAAGCGCGGGAUGGCGCAUAACGACGAAAGUUCAUAGUACAAAGAUCGCGACCCCCCUGCAACGGCAAAUAACAUAACCUAUGUUCCGAUUUGCGCCAAAGGGAAAGAGUUUGCGUUCAUCUCGGGCGUUGCAUCUUGCGCACGCUCCGUUCCGCAGCGAGAGCACGCAGAGAGGAACGUGUUGGAGUAUCACCACCGGCGAGGAACACUGGCGAAUUCGUGGAAGUUAACGGCGGUCGCGUCUGGGCCCUCCGUAAAACUGAUAAACGCAUUCAUUCCGGCUGACCGAAUGAGGUUUUAAGUAUCCAGCGCAUGCGCGGAUUCUCCCUCCUACGAUCACUGAGCGAAUUACCGGAAACAAUCCGGCAACUGAUAGAACUGUGUGCGAGGUAAAGAGGGAGGACCAACCGGUGACAUGAUGCCACAAGCACGUUGGUGGAACGCUGUUAUCGCGAGCAGUCGGCCUAGGACGUGGGAGCAACUGACUACCUCUGCGGGGCCAGGGACGUCAGGAGGUAGAAUAUUCACACGUCUGACGGCUGUUGAGUCGGUAGUCCACCGGCCGGCUUCUGACAGAACAUUGCGUCGCAGCAUGGCGACCGGUCCACCCGGUAGUAAGGUUCUCACCGAGGACAAUGUCUUCAUCAAUCUCCGGAAAAUGGAAUAUGCGGUGCGCGGUCCUCUCCUUAUACGUGCCCUCGAAAUUGAGAAAGAACUGCAGAAGGGAGCCAAGAAACCGUUCAAGGAGGUGAUAAAAGCGAACGUGGGGGAUGCACACGCCAUGGGGCAACAGCCCAUCACCUUCUUGAGACAAGUACUGACCUUGACGGUGUCGCCGAGCCUUCUCGAUGAUCCUAGCUAUCCCGAGGAUGUGAAGGAACGAGCCAAGACCAUAUUGUGCCAAUGUAAAGGAGGCAGCGUUGGCUCUUAUUCUGAAUCGGCAGGAAUCGAGAUCAUCCGGAAACAUGUUGCUCAAUACAUUCAAGAUCGUGAUGGAAUUCCCUCCGAUUACCAUAACAUCAUCCUCUCGAACGGCGCCUCGGACGGAAUCAAAUCUUUCUUGAAACUGUUCAAUGAGAAACUAGAUGGUAAACCAUCUGGAGUGAUGAUCCCAAUUCCACAGUACCCUUUAUACUCUGCCACUUUGGCUGAAUUUGGCUUGACUCAAAUUGGUUACUAUCUGAACGAGGAGAACAAGUGGGGAUUGGAUAUUUCUGAAUUAGAUAGAGCACUAAACGAGUCAAGGAGGUCGUGUAAUCCUCGUGUGCUAGUCGUAAUAAAUCCUGGUAAUCCGACUGGACAAGUUCUUACACGAACUAAUAUCGAGGACGUCAUCAGAUUUGCGUAUAAAAACCAUUUAUUCCUAUUGGCUGAUGAAGUUUAUCAGGAUAAUGUUUAUGAUAAGGACAGUGCUUUCCACUCGUUUAAGAAGGUAAUGAUGGAGAUGGGAGAACCUUACUGUAAAAUGGAGCUGGCUUCCUUCAUGUCUGUGUCCAAAGGUUAUAUGGGAGAAUGUGGAAUCCGCGGCGGGUACGGGGAAAUUAUCAACAUGGAUCCCAAAGUAAUGGCAAUACUGUUAAAAUCGAUCUCAGCAAUGUUGUGUCCUACUGUUCUUGGUCAGGUAGUAAUGGAUGUUGUGGUGAAUCCUCCAAAACCAAACGAGCCAUCCUACAAAUUGUUUCAAAAGGAAAAGGAGGAAACCUUACGCUCUUUAGCAGAAAGAUCUCAAUUAGUGGUUGAUACAUUGAAUAGUAUUCCAGGUUUUAAGGUUAAUCCAGCUAUGGGUGCAAUGUAUGUAUUCCCACGAAUCGAUUUGCCAAAAAGAGCCAUACAAGCAGCAGAAAAGGAAGGUCAACAGCCUGAUGUUUUUUAUGCCUUCAAACUCUUGGAGUCCACCGGAAUAUGCGUGAUACCAGGUUCCGGUUUUGGACAGCGACCUGGAACAUAUCACUUCAGGACGACAAUCUUGCCACAGAAGGAGAAAAUAAAUACAAUGCUCGAGAAUCUGAGACAGUUCCAUAUUAGGUUCCUCGAAGAGUACAAAUAAUGAUACUAUGGGAUUUUUAUGCAUUUUAUUUCAUCCUAGAAGUGUCAGGGUUAUGAUAUAGAGAUCAGUAUUACAUUUCCAUGAAAUUUUCACGAAUUUAUUCGAAAGAAUGGUCAAAUGUACAUUACUUUGCAUUUUGAAGUGAGAAAAUAUUAUAAAGGGUAUUUUUGAAAUUAUAUUAGAUCCGCUAUCGAUCUGGCACAAAAGGGAUUAUAUAUAUGGUUUUAUGUAAAUGUAAUAUCAUAUGGAUGGAUUUCACAAUUCAUCGAAUACUUGUAAAUAUAGUGUGAAUUUAUCAUUACGUUUAAGAGAUUGUAUGAUAUACCAAUCGAUGGCUUUCUUUUAUCAGAAUCAUUGGAACGUAUGGUGGGUGUUUGUACGUGUAUAUCACAAUAACUCGCAGAUAACUAACAAACGUUGUUUUUUAUAAUAUUCAUGACGAUAUUAUCAGAUUAUAUUGUAAUUUAUAUUUGAAUAAAUUAUAAUUAUCGAUUUGUCUGAAGAAUA